CUUCUGGUUUGUUUUUAGUUGUUUCCAUCUCAUUUGUUUCUGCUGUUGCUUCUGUAGGAUUAAAUUCUCCUGUCUGGAUUGUCUCUGCCACAGUUGUCUCUGUUACUGGUUGGAGUAUUUUUUGUGUUUCUGUGGAGCUCUUAUCAGUGUUUUCUAGAACUAUUUCUGAAACAUAA